UGAGUGGUGGUAAAGCUCAGCCAAUUACAGCCGGGAAGAAAAGAAGCGGGCCCGACAAACAAAAUGGCCCACGCAGUUUUGUUUUGAUAGCUCGUGUUUCGCUCCGCUAGCUGCGUCCGCCAGUCGUUUCCUGGAAGCGCUUUCGGAGAGUCAGACUUCAAGAGGAGUUUGAAGUGUAGCAUAAACCAAGAACCAGUUUGAUAUAGAGGUUAAGGCAACCAGCUAGAAACCAAGAAAAGAAAAUCCUUAUGGAAACUAAUCCUCUAAGGAAAAGAUACAAAACUAGAAGCACGACAGCAGAAUCAGUAGCCAAAUCUCAUAUUGACUGGAGGCUGACUAAAAGAUACAUAUUUCCUGAAAGUCAGGAUGAUGACGAUGAAAUUACAUCCUCCUCCUCGUCAACGUCGUCAUCAUCAUCGUCAUCAGAAGAAGAAGAAAAUCCCAAGUCCAGUUCGAAAGAAGAUGUAGAUGGAAAAGAAGAAGAGACUUCCAUACUUAGCAAAAGGAACAGUGAGGCUGGGAGUGAUACAGAUUUUCAGAAAGGUGAUGUGUCUUCAGAGGAUCUGGAAGAAGGAAACAUCUCCUUUGGAAAGAGGAAGAGACUUCGGGCAGCCUUGAUAUAUGACAGUGACGAAAGCAGUGACAGUGAUGUUCCUAUGAAAGUGAUCGCUAAAGGCAGGAACUUAAUUAGCGAAGACGAUUUAUCUGUUGAUGGGGAGUCACCUACAUCCCCAGCAGAGAAAGCUGCAAAUAAGAAGCGAGAAAGACACAUAAAACUGCAAGAACUGUCUUUCCGGCAAUCAAGAAAAUCUGGCAAAGUCAAUCAACAUGAUGAGAGAAGUGUAGAUUAUGACUUGGUACAAUAUGAUGCUCACUCACUCCUCGCAGAAGAAGAAAUCGGUGAUGUGUCUGAUAACGACAGCAUGAAAGAUUUCAUCAGUAAUGAUGAUGAUGAAGAAGAGGAAAAGGAAGAAGAACAAGAGGAGAAGAAGUUGGAAUGGGGCAACUUUAAGGAAGAAGAGCACCAGCAUCAAGACAGAAAGCCUCAUGAGGCCAGUAACUUAUUGGAGAAACACGUUCAAUCUGUGUCUGAGGUCAAUCUUUAUUUGCACUUUCAAAGAGUCGUAAAAGUCUUUCUCAUCAAUGCAAUUGAUGAUACAUUUCUGAGCUCCUUAUAUGAGGGGAAAAGACAAAAGAGAUACGCACAGGAUAUGCUAACUUCCCUCGAUUAUUUGGAUCACCGCAUUAUUCAGCCUCGCCUCAGUCUAGUUUCGGGAUGUCGCUGGAAAGAACGAUACAUGACACGAGUGGACAGUUACUCUAAUGUCCGCAUAAUUUCACAAUGCUCAGAGAUGCGUAUUUGUGAAGCCUGUGAGCUGGACAGAGAUUGUAAGUUUAUAGUGGUUUUUUCUGGAGAACAGUACGAUCCUAUAACACUGAAAGUGGAUGACUUCUUGUCCCACGAUACACAGAGGUUGAAGGUUGGUGUUGUAUGUCAAAAGCGUACCCAGGUUUAUCACGAUCUGAAGCACUAUAAAUAUAAGUUGUAUCAGAAAUGCUGUUCAGCUAUAAAAGAGGAAUAUCGUCAAGAUGAGCCAGCCAAAGAGUUAGUGAAACGAGUUUUCAGUCAAUUGAAUGAAGACAACUGGAUAUGUAAGGAAUAUUCUGUCCUUGAAAGCUAUCUGGAUGAAGCAGAAGAAUUCCAUGAAUUUUUAAAAGAUUUUAAAAGAGAAAUCCUUUCAUUUGUGCAACGCUGAUGGAUUUUUUACCUCUAUAUCGCAUUUCUGCUAUUUUUUUUUUCAUUUAUAGUUCACUCUGGCAUGCAAAUAUAUGUGCUAAAUUUCUUUGUUUUCUACCUUGUUUUAAUUAUCAAAAUAAUCUUCCAAAUAGAAAUUUUAUAGAGGAAGACCCUUGAGGGCUGGAUUGCUCAUCGAACUAUCCUAAAAUCAAACUGCACAUUCACUCAACAAAUGAAUUUUUAUGCACAGGCACUUUCUUCAAAGAUAAAAUUUUCUGUGUUGCUUUAUGACUCUUUUGGUCUUCGUCUCUUAGUAUCAUAUUUUCUACAUUUAGUUUAAUUUUUUCAAAUAAUCUUCGUAAAACCUUCAGUCUUAUGCUUCCUGCAGAUACAGAAUUCAAGGAUUUUAUUACCAGUGAUUGUCAGAGGAAGAAAUGUAGAAAGGAGCUGCCCUUAAUUUUUCAGGCAGUUAAAACUACGUACAUUACACUAUAAAAAAAUAAAUUAAUUGUAAGUGCACAUACCUUCCAUGUGUCCAGCUUGCAAAAUCAGGACAAAAACAUAUUCGGCCUAUUUGGAGCAGAGGUGUCAAACUGGCGGCCCACAGGCCAGAUGUGUCAUGCACAGGCCACACCCACUCCGCCUCCGCAAAGGCAAAAAACGUCACGAUACGUCACAUGACGCGAUCGAGUUUGACACCCGUGAUUUAGAGGAUGAACAAUUUGAUUUUUAUGUCAAAAGUAAUUUAAACUGGAAAUGUUGAUGACUGGGCACAGUCUGCAACAGCCUUGUCAUGAAAUAAAAAGUAUGAGGAUUCCCAGCACAGCCCAAUCUACAGGUAGUCCUCGAUUUAACAGCUGCUCAUUUAGUGAUCAUUCAAAGUUACAGUGCCACUAGAAAAAGUGAUUUAUGACCAUUUUUCAGACUUACGACCUUUGCAACAGCCCUGUGAUCCUGAGAUCAAAAUUCAGAUGCUUGGCAACUGCUUCAUACUUAUGACCGUCGCAGUGUCCCAGGGCCAUGUGACUACCGUUUGCAACCUUUUGCCAAGCUGAAUCAAUGGGAAGCCAGAUUCACUUAACAACCGUGUAAGUAACUUAUCAACUGCAGUGAUUUGCUUAACAACUGUGACAAGAAAGGUUGUCGCACUUCGCAGCAGAAAUUUUGGGCUCAAUUGUGGUCAUAAGUCAAGAACUAUUUGUAUUUUGAUAUUAUUUUUAUCUAUAGUGCAUCCCCAAGACAUUGUCAUUUUCAUAAUGUGGCACUUUAUCUAAGAUACGAACCACAGAAACCUACUGCUCCAUGUUUCUCCUGUAACGAUGGCCAAACCGUGAAUUGGCGCAGCCAAAUGCUGAGUUGGUUUUGCCCUGAAGCGAAAUAGCCAACUAGAGGUAGUCCUUGACUUAUGACCAAAAUUGAGCAGUUUCUGUUACUAAGUGAGACAGUUGUUAAAUGACUUUUGCCUCAUUGUACAACUUUUCUUGCCACAGUUGUUAAGUG